CGAUCAAACAGAAAGCAAUGAACGCAGGAACUUAUGAAAGAAAACAAGCGGUACUUAAUUUGAGUUGGAUGACGAACAGUAAGCUAAUACGGCUCAAGUACUUUGAAAAAUUGGCUGAGGAGGUUCAAAAUGGAGAAUUUGUUAAUGCAGUCGAAUACUUCAUGCAUCCUAAAUCUCAUAUAGAAGCAUGGUUUAAACAGAUUGUUGAUGAACAUCCAAAUCAAGCGCAAAGCGUAUACGAAAAAACUUUUGAAGCCGAAUCUGAACAGGUCAUUCGCAAUGUUCGUAAUUGUCAAAAUAUUGAGGAAAUUAAAAAUUUUGUUAAAUACUAUUUAGCUCAAGUUGAAGGAGUUGAAUACAAAAUGGGUCAAAAUAUUAGUGAAAUGAGCGAGACGGACUUAGAGAUGCUACAUACUAGUUUGAUAAAAGGGCUAGAAGAUAAAGAUAAAUGGAAUAACGUUAAAUCUAGUUCUGUAACAUUUUGCAAGCCGUCUAAAGAUGAUAAUGUAAUGAAAAGACUCGGAUGUAUGGAAAACUGUUUUCGGUGUGGGGCUCUAUGUUGGGGAGGUCGCGGUCACAAUGAAAAUGAAUGCGACACAAAAAGGCAUCAUACAUGUCAUCAACCGUGUGGCCUAAUGGGAGUACAUAAUAAAAAGAGCAAGCAUUUAAUUGCGAUACCAUGCCAUAAUACCCUUGAUGAUACUUUGAUUACAUUUGGAAAUCAUGAGGAUAUAAAAUGGAGCGAGGCAAAGAACAAACAUUUUAAUGAUUGGUUUUUCACUAGAUAUUGUGACACCCAAUUCAAUAAUCUGAUGUGUUGGUUCUUUGAAAAAUUGCACAAGAAACUAGCAGAAAAAUAUGAGCUUAAGCCAGCAUUAGAAGAUGAUUUGCAAAAGAACAAUUGCGUAAACUUAGAUUAUCAACAAAUUUUGUCCAAGCUCAAGUUAGAUCUCG